ACCUGACGUGAAGAGAUGGGUUCAGUGGGAGCAGAGCGCCGCAGGCCCACGCCGGCCCUGACGCCCGAAGAGAGGGAUAUGUGGCGGGAUGGAGGGAGGGCAGGAUGGAGGGAUGUGGGGAGGGAGGGCUGGAGAGAGGGAAGAGAGAGCGGCGUGGUGCAGAGCUACAGCUUCGACUCGUACCAGCUGGAGGAGGAGGAGAUCAACAAGGAUGCCCCGGAGCGAGGAGUGCUGGCUCUGUCUGAACCCGACUUUGAGGAGCCAAUCCCCGACGACCGUUACCAUGGCAUCUACUUUGCAAUGCUGUUGGCCGGAGUGGGUUUCCUGCUUCCCUACAACAGUUUCAUAACUGAUGUGGACUACCUGCACCACAAGUUUGAAGGCACGUCCAUAGUGUUCGACAUGAGUCUGACAUACAUCCUCGUGGCUCUGUUGGCCGUCAUCCUCAACAACGUGCUGGUGGAGAGACUCAGCAUGCACACCAGAAUCACCGUGGGUUACAUCUUCGCUCUGGGACCGCUGGUCUUCGUCAGCGUCUUUGAUGUCUGGCUGGCGAAGUUCACCACCAGACAGGCUUACAUCAUCAACCUUGUAUCAGUGGGAGUAGUAGCGUUCGGAUGUACAGUGCAGCAGUCCAGUUUCUAUGGUUACAUGGGGAUGCUGCCCAAGAGGUACACGCAGGGAGUGAUGACUGGAGAGAGUACAGCCGGCGUGAUCAUCUCCCUGUCCCGCAUCUUCACCAAGCUGCUGAUCCCCGACGAGAGGAGGAACACGCUCAUCUUCUUCUUGGUCUCCAUCAGCAUGGAGAUGCUCUGCUUCCUGCUUCACCUGCUGGUCCGGCGCUCCCGAUUCGUCCGCUACUACACCAACCACGCGCAGGGCAAAGGGCCGGGCAAAGGUCCUGACCCGCGUGACAACAACGGGACUGGAUACCGGGUCCACCACGAUGUCACUUCAGAGGAAGUAAGAUUUGGAAAUGGUGGGACGGGACCGUCCUCUACAGAAGAAGGCGCUGAGGAGUUUGUCGGCGGCACCUAUGUUCGAUUUGAUGCUCCGAAAGCCAAGAUAAAGAGGAGCUGGCCUGGAGUCCGCGACAUGAUCCUGCAUCGAUACGUGGUGUCCCGUGUGAUCUGGGCGUACAUGCUGUCCAUAGCAGUGACCUACAGCAUCACUCUGUGUCUGUUCCCGGGCCUGGAGUCAGAGAUACGCAACCCCACCCUAGGGGAGUGGCUCCCCAUCCUCAUCAUGGCCACGUUCAACAUGUCGGACUUUGUCGGCAAGAUCUUGGCGGCUCUGCCGUACGACUGGUCCGGAGGCCGCCUGCUCUUCUUCUCCUGCCUCAGGGUGGUCUUCAUCCCCCUGUUCGUCAUGUGCGUGUACCCGGCCAGCGCGCCCAUGCUGUCCCACCCGGCCUGGCCCUGCCUCUUCUCCCUCCUGAUGGGGGUCACCAACGGAUACUUUGGGUCUGUGCCGAUGAUCCAGGCUGCGGGCAAAGUGCCGCCAGAACAGAGGGAGCUGGCAGGAAACACCAUGACCGUCUCCUACAUGACCGGCCUGAUGGUGGGCUCCGCCGUGGCGUACGCAGCUUACAGCUUCACCGCUCCGGGAGCAGCAACGCACUUCUCCACGCUCAGCGUACACACAUCUGCCAACGGUACAGGCUACUGAAUGUCUACACACACACACACACACACACACACACACACACACACACACACACACGCACGCACGCACGCACGCACACACACACACACACACACACACACACAUUAAAACACGCUCACAAAGACAUUGAGGUGAAACACGCACACAUGUACGCACACCCGCAGCCAUUUACUGUCAUACGACCCUGGAAGGAGAAGCAGCACAGACUGACGGACCGCUGACCGACGGAUUCCCCUUUGUCCGAAUCAUGCUUCCAUUCGGCUCAUUGGCUCCAUGAAGUGGGAUAAGAGGCCAAGAGUGAAAUGUAGCGUCGCGGGAAAUGAUGUAAAACAGUGAAAUGUAGCAGAUUUUUUCUGAGCUCACUCAUUCUCCAGCCCUGGCGAUCCAGUGACCUUCACGUGUAUCGCUGCGCUGAACUUCCCCCCCCCGGGGGUGAAGAACACGAGCUGUGCACCUGUCAGCCUUAUGAAUGUCUCACAGCGUCAUUAUCGUCUGCAUGCAUGUGCGACCACACCGCACAAUGUGAGGUCAAGUGAUAUUUCACAGCGGGGGGGAGACGAAUGGCUCACAGUUUUCAGUCGGGCACCUCGAGUCUUGGAUACAUUUAAUGAUUUCUCUGAAGUGUUGCUGUUUAAAAAUAAUAGAGAUAAGAUGUUUUUUCUCGUCAGAUGAAAACGUGAGUUCCACCCGUGGCAAUUUGAUUUAGGUUAUGUGAUCAAAAAAAGGUGACACUGAGAGCGACCCAAUGGAUUUACAGUCGCACACACUCCAUAUGAAUGUAUGUAUACGCCCCUGAGUUGACAGGAGGAGAAAAAGAGAGGGGAUGUGAUAUGGACACACAUAUUUAACAUGUAAGUAGAGAUAACUGAACCCGUUACCGCCGAGACACAGAAUUAGAAAGUGUAUUUUCUAUUUAACUUUGUCCUGAAGGGAAUCGCAGAAAACCUGCUGUGAUGACGUACACCUUCCCUCAGCAGAAACGAGCUGAGGUCCUUCCACUCCAUCUGCUCUGUCGCUGUUCAGCUUGUCUGUCUUCGGUUGUAUUCAUUUUCCUUUUUGUUCUCAUCAGCCUUGUGCGGUCUCUCUGGGAGAAAAAUGAAUAAUGUAAAAUCUUUUCGCAGUUAUGAUGAUUUUUCUGCAUUGUCACCGGCAGCUGCUCUUCCCUGUUGCUCUGAUGCUCAAAGAGGAAGGGCAGAUCUCUGAGGACGAGUACAGAACGUCGGUGUGAGUUUUCAUGAAUGGUCCGUGUCCCUCUGAACUGUGUCCGUGCUUAACGUCCGUGUAACGAUGUGGGGAUACUGGGGGGGGGAGACAAUUAGUGCCAAAAGGUUUGCGUGUUUCUGGUCCGUGUUAGUAGCUGAGUCGAGAGUUGUACAUUUGCAGAAUUAAAACGCACACUCAAGGCAGUGGAGAGCUUCAGAUUCAGAUUCAGCAGAGUUCAGUCUUUAGACAUAAUGAAGAAAAACAGGCCCGAGUGUAAAAGGCCACGGAGAGCACUACAUUCUGUUGGUGAGGGCUUGAAUGGAGCGCUGGUUAAAAGAAUGGUACGGGAGCCAUUUGGGAGCCAAGCUCAUUGCUGUACGUGUGUCCCGCCGUGCCAACGGUGCCACGCCGCCCCGGGGCCCCUCUGCUCUCUGUGAGCUGCUGUUGUUUUUCGUUUUUGUUUUUUUUAAAGUUAUUUUUGCUCAGAUCGUCUCAUUGGAGGACAUGAGAGUCUCUACGCUCCUGUUCCUCUCUUUCUGCGGUGGAAACGUCGGGGGCCAUUUUGAGAGACGGGAGAUCCCCAUUUUUAUAAAUGCACCAGUUGAGGCUGCAGUCGAAACCACAAGCGUAGUUUUCCUGGAAACCAGCAUAAGUGAGUCGCCAUCGCUACAGCCGGUUUACACCAUGAGCUGUUCAAUGGAGAAGAACAACAACACACUUUGGCUGUCUAAAAAAAGCCACUUUAAGAUCUUAUAAAUAAUCGACCCUUUUAAUCUACUGAUCUAAUUUUCUUUUCACUGGCGAUGAAUAAUUUAUAACUCCAGGACAUAUUUUUGGCAUUAGCCGACACGUGUAUCCACAGUGACAUAUGAUAUUGACAUAUGAUGAGUUGAACAGCCGCAUGUGUGAUCACCCAAAGAGAUGGAGCGAGCCGGCUGCAGGGAGAGCAGCGAGGAAAGAUGAUCAUGAGGUGACCUCCCUGAUAUGAGAUGGAAAUUGAUUCUGGAGUUUGUAGGGUUAUUUAAAAAAAAAAAAUUUACAGCUGGGGAAUGACAUUCACUUUCACUUCCACUUUAUGGAAGCAUAACUUUUUUAUUUCACCCCCAUGGUCUAAUAUUUGUCAUCUUGCCACGUGACUUCCUGUUUUUUUCUUCUUCUUCCAUAUCAGCCACAGUUGAGUGUGAUAACACUCUUUUUUCUCACCUCCAAACAGCAUGAGGAAUCAUUUCAUACGCACUAUUUAAGACUGCACACUGUGAAAUAUCAGUACGCUGUUCAUAUACUGUAUCAUAACACAUUUUGCAGAUGAUAUUCGUGAGAAUAGUUUCAGAGCUUUAGUCACUCACAGUAAAAGAAUCGGUCGCCGUGAAAUGACUCUGGCCGUUGAUGCUGGUGUCAUUAUCGCAUGGUGGCCGGGUGUAAUAAAUUUAGAGGAAAAUCCAUAUGAAUAUAACUUUUGGAGUCAUUAUUGCACUGAUUCCUGCCUGGUUUCAGAAGAGAUCCUAUGAUCUUCAUGAGGUGAACCAGGAUUAGAGGCGAGUUAUUGCCAUUCAACUCUCAAUGUUCAUGUCCAAACAUUAUAUAUUUAUGACUUUCAAUUUAUCAAAAUGCAACUAAUGUGACGCUUUGAAACUUGCUGAUUUGUCAGAGGAGGCGCCAAAUUCUCCAAUAAUGUGACGAUUUUGUUUUGUUGUACAUAAGAUAAUGGAUUUUUCCUCAAAAGAGUCUGUUUGUGCCCAAAGUUGUACCAUCAAGCAGCGCUAAAUAAAGAGUUGUGUACAUCUC